AUGCUGGACAUCUUCCGUGGUCUGAAGGCGCUGGUCCGAGUCAGCCACAUCCAGAUCGACUCUACGGUAUUUCGGCUGCACUACUCCAUCACAGUCUCCAUUCUGAUAGCCUUCAGCCUGAUAGUGACCACAAGGCAGUACGUGGGCAAUCCCAUAGAUUGUAUCCACACCAAGGACAUACCGGAGGAUGUGUUCAACACCUUUUGUUGGAUACAUUCUACCUUUACGGUUGCGAUGGGUAAGCAGGAACCUUAUGCUCAGAUGUACCUACCUGGGGUGAGGACUUCGCAUAGUGAGAAGGAGAAGAAGGUUUAUCGGUAUUACCAGUGGGUGUGCUUUUGCUUAUUUUUUCAAGGUAUUUUAUUCUACAUACCAAGAUGGCUGUGGCGAUCGUGGGAGGGGGGCAAAAUCCACGCUCUGAUGAUGGAUCUCGAUGUUGCUGUGUGCUCGGAAAUCGAAAAGAAGCAGAAGAAGAAGCUCAUGAUCGACUAUUUGUGGGAGAACUUGAGGUAUCACAACUGGUGGGCCUACAAAUAUUAUUUCUGUGAAAUUCUUGCCCUUAUAAACGUAGUUGGGCAAAUGUUUCUAAUGAAUCGCUUCUUCGACGGAGCCUUCAUGAUGUUCGGCUUCGACGUCAUCAGCUUCAUCAACAGCGACCAAGAGGACAGGAUCGACCCCAUGAUCCAGAUCUUCCCCAGAAUGACCAAGUGCACUUUCCGGAAAUACGGCGUGUCAGGAGACGAGGAAAAGCACGACGCCCUCUGCAUCCUGCCUCUCAACGUCGUCAACGAGAAGAUUUACGUGUUCUUGUGGUUCUGGUUCAUCGUGCUCUUCGUACUGACGUUCCUCACGGUCAUCUACCGAAUCAUAAUCAUCUUCUCGCCUCGGAUGCGGGUCUAUCUGCUCAGGAUGAGGUACAGACUGGUGCGCAAGGACGCUAUAGACACCAUAGUGCGGAGAAGUAAAAUGGGGGAUUGGUUCUUGUUUUACAUGUUGGGGGAGAAUGUGAACUCGUUGAUUUUUCGCGAUGUGCUGCAAGAUUUGGCGCACAAGCUGAAUAGGCACGAUUUCCACCACGGGCCCGGUUUCAAGGGAGAGAUACAGGAAGCGUGA